AUGAAGCAUCGACAUACGUCGGGGAAUUCGAGCUCGACAGCGGGGGAGAAGGCGAAGGCGAAUGGGACGGCUGGUGGCAUGGGUGGGGAAAAGAGAGAGUAUACCCAGGAACAGCUCAGUGUUGUCAAGAGAGUCAGGGCUUGCAAGGUCACAGAAUACUACGAGAUCUUGUCUGUCAAACGGGAUUGUGAAGAUGCUGAAAUCAAGAAAGCAUACCGCAAGCUUGCUUUGGCGUUGCAUCCUGACAAAAACGGUGCCCCGGGGGCCGAUGAAGCUUUCAAGUUGGUUUCGAAGGCUUUCCAAGUCCUCUCUGACCCGCAGAAGCGAGCGAUCUACGACAGCAGCGGCGCCGACCCUGAAUCUCGGUUUGGAGGAAUGUCAUCGUCUUCUCCAAGUUUCUCUACGGCCAGUCCCUUUGCUGGCGGCCAUGCUGGCUUCGGUGAUGAAAUCAGCCCUGAGGAACUGUUCAAUAUGUUCUUUGGUGGUGGUCCUGGCUUCUCGGCUGGAUUCGGUGGGCCAGGUACAGCCACGUUCUCGUUCGGUCCUGGAAUGACCUUCACCACCAGUAACGGUGGAUUUGCGCGACGUCGGGCGGCAGCACCAAACGCCAACGCCAAUAUGGAGCCACGGUCGCUCCUCAUCCAACUUCUUCCCCUUAUUCUUCUCUUUGCCUUUUCCAUCCUCUCCGCUUUGCCAUCUAUAUUCUCUGAACCUCCCGUCCCCGACCCACGGUUCUCUUUUACCAACACGCGUCAGUAUAACGCCCAGCUGGAAACGGGGAAGCUCGGUGUCCCAUACUAUGUGAACCCAACCGAAUUUACAGCCCACCCUGUCAUUGGCCCCGAGUUGGCCAAGGCAGGAGUCAAGAUUGGCAAACAGGGGGAGGAACUUAAGAGCGGGAAAGAGUCGGACUCGGUGAAGCUUCGAGGGAAAGGAAAGAAGCGCGGUCCGGCUAUGACGAAAUUCGAGGAUAAUGUGGAGGGCAUCUACACGCACGACCUCAGGGUCCAAUGCCACCGGGGAAGGGAGAGGUUGGAACGGCUGAGGGACGCUGAGAUUGGAAUCUUUGGUAUUGGAACGGACUGGGAGAAGGUGAAAAAGAUAGAGUCGGAAGUGAUACCCAGCUGCGAAGAGCUGAAGAGACUAGGAGUUCUUCGGUAA